CCGCGUGUCGCAACCCCCUGAUAACAGUGGCUAUAAAGGGGCCAAAGGGGCCGCACGGGGCAAAGGACAGUGGCAUCUGGCCAGGGCAAGGAACGGUGACAGCGGUGAGCGGCCUGUCCCGGAGCUGCCGCCAUGCCCUGGGUUCUGCUCUUCCUCCCACUCCUCCUCCUCGGCCCCGCUGUCGCUGUCUCUGACCACGUGGACCCCGGGCUGGGUGCCGGUGACCGGGCGCUGGUGCGGGCACUGCUGGCAGAGCUGGCGGGUCCCGUCCCGCCACAGGCACGGGGGGUCCCCUGCCACACCUGGGCCCCCACCGCCCUGCCCGGCUUUGCCCGGCUGCCGCCGGAGCCCCACGCCCUGGCCCGCGCCGCGCUGGCGCUGGCGCUGAACGGGGCCGGCUGCGAGGCCGAGGCCGAGGCCGAGGCGCUGGGGCUGGCACGGGAGCUGGGCACCCCCACGGCCGCGGCGCUGCUGCGGGGGCUGGCGCGGGUGCGGGGAGCCCCGGCCCCCCAGCCCCUGUCCCUGCUCCUCCUCAGCCUGGCGCGGCCGGGGGGCUCUGCCCGUGCGGAUCCCACCCGGCUCCGGACUCCUGCACCCGGUGCCCGGCCCACGGCACCCUCGGCGGGGAGGGUCCCCAGGGCCUGGCUGUCCCUGUGCCACCGCCUGUCCCGGCGCCGGCGGGAGGACGAGGGUGGAGCUGAGGACGCCUGCAACCCGCCGGGGGAGCAGGAAGCCCACCGGGUGCUGGAGUGGGUGCCAGGCGUCAGCAUCUUCUACAACCUGGGCACCAGCAUCUACUUCGCCUUCCAGGGCUGCGGGGCCGUGGCCUCGGAGCGGGCGCUGGAGGCCACCGAGGACCUGGGCUACGCCGGGCUGGCCGCGCUCACCGGGAGCCUCGGCGGCCCCGUGGCCGUGGGGGUGCAGCUGGGGCUGCAGCCGGGGCUCAAGGCUGGGGUGCGGGCGCUCAUCGGGUACUUCACCUCCGCCGGGGACCCCCCGCCGGUGCCCACCGCCCACAGCGGCUCCGCCAUCAUCGUCUGAAUAAAGGACACGUGUCCCUGUCCCUGUGGGAUCGAUGCAGGGUCACCCUGCCUGGGGCACAGGGACCUCGGUUCUGCUCGGUGGCCUUGCUGAGCCACGUGGUGGAGGUGCUCUGUCCCUGUCCCUGUCCC